CUGUUUCAAGUAUUAAAUUGUUACUUUAUUUUAAUAAUCUUUUUUUUUCAGUUUGUUGAUCAACUGCUUCAUGUAGAGGAGAGUGAAGCCAUGGAUGUUGGUCUGAGCGCUUUUAAAGUUGUUCCCGUGGAACCGAUACCUUUCUCCGGCGCUAUGGAUGUCCUACCUAGUGAGAUUGUAAGUUUCUCGAUUUCAAUCUCAUUAUAGCAGUACUAUUGUUUUUUAUACAUUUUAUUGUUCUGACAAAUGCAUUUUUGUCUUUAGAUCCUCGGUGUUCUUCCAUCAGCAGAGACCAUGGAGGAGUGUAAGAAAGUUUCUCCAAACAAUCUUGUAAGUUUAUUUUCUACAAAAUGCACUGUAAAUUACUGUCAUCAAUUUGAUAAGUGUUCUAACAAUGCGAUUUCUUUCUCCUUUCAGAUAAUUGACGCAGUAGUGGUACACGCGGAGCAACAUGAUUUCGGCGUAGACUCUCCCCCAGGAAAUCUCCUUGACCUGCUUCCUGUAUACCCGGAAGAGGACGCGCUCUUGGAGACCAUAGCGGCCAUGGACAUACCAGAUCCGCUGGAUAUUGACGUGAAUCCCUCAGGCUUCCUUUUGCCUCCACCAGCGACCCACCAGCUUCCCGACGUCACGAGUAAGUCAAUCGUCUUCCUUGAGCAGUGCGAUCACCAGCAAGUCAAGUUCAUCACCGGGUUGUCUAACGCGCGCCGCUUGUCCACAGGUGAGGGGCUGGCGGAGGUGGACCGGUUGGUGGCACUAUACUUCAACAGUUGACAGCUGUGAGCCGGAAUUGGUAAGGACUUGUUUUCAUGGCAAAAUUAAAGUUUUUUUCUUCUAGAAUUCUAGAUCGUAGUUAACAUGUGUUGUUCUUAUUUCAGUUGAGGAUAGUUUCAAUCAAAUUCAUUUCGAGGAGCAUCGGCCUCGGGAGAUUUUAGGUUAAUUUGCAUGUUAGUGUUAAAUAGUUGUUUGUAAAGUUUUAGUAAUUAGUUGCCAUUUUAAUGUUUUUUAGUGUAAUUUGUUGAUUUGUUAUAUUUCAUUGAAUAUUUAUUUUAUAAUACACUUUUGUCUGUAAUACAUUUCUGAUUUUUAUUUGGCUCCAAAAAGCCGUAACAAACAUUUUAUGUAUUACUGCACAUAGUAAACUUUUAGAACAUAUCUUUUUAAUAAAAUUAGUAGAUUUGGAAUACUACCUAAAGUAACGCGACAGCUGCUACACAAUCGCUGAUUCGUAGCGUGAAUAUAAGUCAACAACACUUACACCCUCUCAUAAAACGCGAAUGAUUCAUAAGUGUUGAAGGGAUCGUAUUAUAACGUUUUCUCUCGAUAUCCAGUUCCUGAUUGAACUUUGAGAUAACUCUCUCAUCGCUCUUGGUAUAAAGGAAAACGGAAAACGACCUAUUUUCGGCACGGAAUAUCUAAAUUUUCAUUCUUUGAUUUUAAUUAAAAAAAUGAUUUUCUUUAUUAGUGUCACUAUUAUUAACGAAAACCUUCCUGAUAAAUAAAUAAAUGUUAGGUAAAAAUAAAUUCAAAUCGACGUCAAAGUUGUGCCAGAGGGAAGCCAGGAGGAAUCUACCGUAGCCGUACCGUGCCGUGACAACGUCAACUUUAGAGGGGCACAUGCUAAAUCUAACUAAAUGAAAGAUAACGGCAGGUUGAAAAUAUUAGUUUUGCUCGACCGAGUUGUCACUUUGAGUAAUCACAAUUACAGGAAACAAAUGUAUGCCUUGUGAACUGUAACACUCGGCUGCUACGAAAAUAACUCUGUAGCAACUAUACGACGCUACGAAGAAUCGUAGCAUAGCUUCGUAGCAACUUCAGCAGUAUUAACAUUUGACGUACUUUUAAUAUGAAUAUUUUUGUUUCUCUGAUGGUUAGGUUCAUGAAUAGCUAUCGCAUUGGUAAGCAUGUAUUCACAUGCCAGAAGGCUUAGCAUGCGCGUCGAUUUUACGCAAUACGAGUAAGCGCAUAUAUUAUAUUUGUCACUGAAAAUCAUUGUUAAGAUUUUGUCACGGCGCGCACCCUAGCCCGGCAGGUGUUUAUUUUGUUUGUUUGUAAGCCUCUUGUAAGCCAGUGUCACUAGUCAUUAACUGAAUAGUGCAAUUACGUAAUUAGUUUAAAAAAUAUUGUCAUUAGAAUUCACGUGGUGAACCUUCUUAGGCUAAGUACCUUUUCCAAAACGUCAUUAGCCUAACCCGUUUAUCAUUAACCAUAAUUACCUACUUUCUUCUUCUUUAAUGUGCACCUAUGUACACUUAUGAAGCAAUAAAUAAAUGAUUAUGAUUAUGAUUAAGUACUAAUCUAAUUGCAAACAAAUCGACUCUCACUUUCAGAACAAGCAUCUCCGUCUUAUUUAAUUAAUUCCAACUUGUUCCGUUGGCAUCACAAACCUUUCUGAAUAUGACAAACGAUAGAAAAUUAUACAAACUAUAUAUGAAUAAUAAACUAAAUAUACCUUUUAUAUUGAUUUCAAACUUAUUUAUUGGAACCAAACAGAAAUGUUUGUAAAUAGUUGGCUUUUAAGGAAAAUAAAUAAAAGACCAACGUCGUGGCAUUCCUCAGAUGCUACGACACAUGCUGAAUGGCCCACUUUUUAAGUAUCUUGUGCAUGUAGACUUAAAAUGUUUCUAUGUUGUAAAUUAUGUGAUACUGAAUAAACAUGUUUUCUUGCUUUUAAGCAAUAAAUUAAUUAAAUAAUGUAAUAACUGUUCAACAGAAUUAAGCCUACAUUAAAAAACAUUUUAGACGUCAAGUAUUCAUCAUAAUUUAUAACUUUAUCAAAUAUUAAGCCAGCGACACUAGAAUCAGUUUUGAACUAUUGAGUUUGAUAUACUUAGGUAACCAACUGGUCCAACUGGUAGAGUAAUAAAAGCUACUUUUUCUAUUCGCAAACAUGAAGGUUAACAUAAAGGGUGUAUCAUAAAUUAUAAUAUUAACUUAAAAAGUUGUUAAAAGAUAAUCGAUGUUUGCAAAAAUACCCAAUGGUAAGGUAUCAUUGUGAAGAAACAAUACGCCCGCAGAUAUUAGCACUAAAGUGUAGCGGGUGCGUCGGUGUGCAUUGUCUCAAAAAGGGUAAGAAAGGGAGGCCAAUAUCGCUGACCCAUGCACCUUUUAUGUUUACAUUGUUUAUGCUUAUCGCACAUUUUAUUACUGUGUAGAGUAACAUCUGAAAUACAUUUCUUUGUAGUACCGACAAAUUUUGGAGUUUCACUACUGUUAGUGCAAGUGCUCAAACACACCUGCGAAG